AUGUCGAUGAUUAAUGAUUUUCCAGAGGCUAAUGAAGGUACUUAUACAUUUUUCGUAUUAUAAAUUGUUAAAUCAAAGUACCAAUUAUUUUUGUUCUAAGUAUAUUGUCCAACAUAUUUAAAACUGUGGUACUUUGGACGAGGUGUGCAUUAAAUAACUAACGAUACUUAGCCAACACAAUUUCUUUAUUUAUAAUUAAUUAAGUAAUAUAGCAUAAUAUAAGAACUUGGAGCACACAUCUUGUGUCUUUACAAUAACAAAGUAUAUAAUCUCUUUUAGGUUAAGUUAUAAGUUGAGUCGACCUUAUCAUUUUAUCACAAACAAAUUGUAUUAUUUUUAGAGUAUAAGUCAGAUGCUGAUCUAACUAAUAUGGGUAAGUUUUUAAAAUAUUAAUUAAGCUCAUGCCAAUGAUCAUUUGCUUGUAUGUUCAAUGACGAUCACCAGUUUUAUCAGAUUUCUCGUUUUCUACCAGAAAUUUGCUCCAAUCGAAAAAUAACAAGAGAUUAAUUGUUAUUCUUUGAAAUAAAUAGCUACUGAUAAAAAAAGUCAUUUUUAUCUAAAAUAUUUUUCAUUAUAAUUGGGAAAAACAAAAAAAAAAAAUUUAGACACAAAAUAGACUUUUUAAUUUUGCGAGUUUUUUACGCAAUAUUUAUUCAGUAGGUACUCUGUGGAUAAUAUUGUUAGACCGAACAGAAAUGAUUGGAUAUUUUACGGGAAGUUCAUAAUAAGUUUUACUUGGUUGUCAACCAGAAAAAAUUGAGUUUAAUGUAACAUUUUUUUUUAUUAGAAUCAUGGUAUCAAAUUUUGACGAAAAUCGUAAAUAUUAUGGCUUUUUAAAACAUGUAUAACCGAACUCCGAUUAAAAUAAUUUUUCAUUAGCAAUGAUUAAUCGUUCUAUAAAAAUAUACAUGAAAUUCUCUUUUAUAUCUUAAUUUUCCAACUUCUCAUCUACAACAAUGGCCCAAUCAUCUUGCGAAGUAUGUCCAUCUUUUUAAGAUUAUAUUUUCUACCAGAAAUCAUUGUCCAAAUUCUAAGAAUAGCCUAUUUUUUGAAAUUUUGUUUUCUUUGUGAAUAAGAAAGUCGUUCUUUGAUUUUCCGUAUGGUUUCCUUAAUAAUUACUUAACAACGGAAAAAAACGUAAAAAAUACGGCAAAGUAUACAACAUCUGGGGUUUUUGUCUUUAUUCGGUUAAAAGUUAUUAUAGAGACCUGUAGUUUUCACAAAAUAUUGAUAUUGGUCUUUUAAAAUAGAUAGGAUUUAUUAAAUUAAAAUUUAUCAGAUAGGAAAGAAAUCGAUUUUUUAAUUGCAUUGUAAGAAGUAGUUAAGCUAUUUAAUUUACUCAGUUUUACUAAUCAAUGAUUUAAUUUCAAUAAUGUAAUUAAAUGUAGUAAUACCUCCAUCUUCGAUUUUAACUAUUUUUUCAAGGUUUCUCCUUGUAGUUUUAUUUUAUUUUAUUUUUUUUUAUUAAAUUAUGCUCAAAAACAUUACAUACCCAAUUUUGAAAUGAUUUGUAUUCAUAAUGAAAUUAGAUACACAUUUUAGAUGAAAUGAUUUUCCAUAAACUAAACAUGAGAUUUUUUUUUGUGGGUGAACCGCUCGAUUUAUAGAUGUUACAACAUGGAAUUACAGAUAAAAUAGAGACUUUAAUUGCAGUAAUAAAUACGACUGUACUGAACAAACUUUUUGGACUGAACUGAAAUUAUAUUCAUAUUCUGUGUCUUAAGCGAAAUUCAUGUCAUACUCGUACAUUCAUUCUGGUAAUUUUGUUACAACCCAUCAUGUAAAUCUUUCAAAAUAUAUCUAAAAAGUACUAGUACGUAUAUUAUAUUAUUAAUUUUUCACUUCCUUUUGAUCCAAUCCAUUUACAUGACAUAAUUUUUUAAAAGCAUAUUUAGGAAGCGGGGUAGUCUAGCUUAGGCGGGAUUCUUCGAAUUAUGUAAAUUUGGCAAUCAAUUUUUCUACGAUUAUUAUUACUGAAUUAUAAAAAAAAAUCUGUUAUAAGAUUAUAAAGUUUUAAUUAUAACAGAAACUGUUAUUGCGAAUAUUUUCCUGUUUUUUGGUUUCCCCCCUUAUUAUUAUGAAAACUACAAAGAAAAUUAAAAAAAAAUAAUCCUCCUUAUGCAUCAGUCGGAUAAAAUUGUACCCCAGAAAUUACCUCUGAAGUUAAUCAUUAGAGCAGAAUUUCUUAUAAAAAAAAACAGUUAAAAACCAGGAAAAAAAAAAUUAGAGUACACACAAUAGGAAAACCAAUACAUUCUUUAAAGAAGAAUCAAAACCUUGAUUUAUUAUACUAAAACCGGAGCAAGAUUUCUGGUAAAAAUGUUGUUUACAGACAUAAUAUUAAAAUUAUUACAUUUCUGGAGAAUUUAUUACAUUGCCUUGAGAUUUCUAAGAAUCUAAAAAUAAAUAUUGAUUAUUACCUAUUAAAUUAUAGUAUUAGCAUAUGAGUAUCAAUAUUUUUACUAUGAUGAUGUUCUUUGUAGUGAUAAAAUCAUCACUUUUUAUAAUUUAAAGAGUACUUAAUUCCAAAUUGACUAUUUUAAUAAUAAAACAUUUAUUGAAAUUCAAUUUAAAAACAAUGUGGUCGUGGUUUAUAUCUGAAACUGUAAUCAAACUUUAGUUAGAAAUUUUAAAAAUGUAGUUUACUAUAAACCUAUAUUUAUUCAAAACCUCUAUUAAAUAAGUACCUACUAUUUUAUUUUAACUGUGUAAAAAUGAACUUCACAUAUGUUAUGAUUUACAAUAUUUUUAUUUUCAUCACAGCGGCUUUUCAAUACGUGGGAUUCGAAUUCGGCAAUGAAUAUGAACUUUUAUAUUCUAAAUUUGAUGGCCUGGAAGAACCGAUUCGUCAUGUACUAAAGCGUCUGUAUUUGCAUAAUUAUUUACAUCACCCUCACAAAGAGAUACAUUUUGAAAAAAUUGAAUGGCUAAAAAAUAAUCUAGGUAGGUACGUAAGUUAUAUGUAUUAUUAGUAUUACUAGUAAUUAUUUAUGUAAAAUAGUUAGAUGAAGGCAUAUUUUGUAAUGUUUUUUAGAAAUACCAUACCUACAUGGUCCAGCGUUGAUAAUUAAUGGACAAAUAAAAUUGACUCAACCAUCAGCCAUUUGUCGAUAUUUAGCUCAAUAUGCUCUUUUAAAUGGUGAUAAUCAGUGGGAAGCAUAUUUGAUUGAUAGUCAUGUUGAUACCAUAAAUGAUUUACGAAGAGGUACACGGAGAUCUUUGCUUUAUUUAUAAGUUUUUCGUCUUUGUGUAGAUAUAACAAUGAUUUAAGCAAUAACUUAUGAGUAUUGUGGUAUAUUUAAAAGUUUAAAUUUUUAAAGAAUUUGUAAAAUGCAUUAAUGAGAAGAACGAUAAAACAGCAAGCAAAUUGAAAAAAAACUUUAUUGAAAAUCGACUUCCAUAUUAUAUGCAAAGAUUUGAAAACACAGUUAAAUAUAACCAACAACAUUUUGUUUAUGGAAAGGUAAUAUAUAUAUGUAAAUAUCAUUUUUUAAUUUUAAUAGUUAAUAUACAGUAGAAGCCGCUUAUUAGGAACACUUUGGGACCGAGGUGAAACGUGUCAAUUAACCGAUUGUUUCUAAUAAAUGAUUGGUUUUAAUAUACGAUUGGUCCCUUGGUUAUUUUUAGGGGUAAAACCACUACUUACUUUUGAUUUUCAAAUGGCAACCUAUAUUAAAAAGACCAUAAAUAGAUUGAGUAUUAAUUUAAAAAAAAUUUAGUGUUAACAUUUUUUAUUUCUGUCAAGCCAUUAACGAAAUAUUCGAAAUAUUUAUAAAUUAAUACUCAAUCUAUUUAUGGUCUUUUUAAUAUAGGUUGCCAUUUGAAAAUCAAAAGUAAGUAGUGGUUUUACCCCUAAAAAUAACGGUGACAAAAAAUAACACAAAUAUAAAAUUGUGGAGCAGCUUGUUUCUUAAGAAAACUUAUAGAAAACAAAUUCCGGAAAAAGUUAAUAAUUUUCGAGAUAAUGAGUGUACCCACUUUAAAAAUUACUAUAAAAUGUAUUCGUUAAAAUAUUACUUUAUUAAUAAUAUUAGUAUGUUUUUUUCCAGUUUACUUGGGCUGAUACAUUUUUUAUAGGUAUUAUUGAUGCCAUAGACGCUACAAUGAAUAUAAACGCAUUGGUCGGUUACACAAACUUAAUACAACUAAAAGGAUAUGUAUCGAGUUCGAAUGACAGAGAAUACUUCACAUUUUUGAAAACGAUUGACUCACCUAAAUUAUUUGGAGGCAUUUGAAUUAUACAUAAUACAUUAAUGUGAAAAUUAUAAUUAAUAUCUAAUAGUUAUUUUAUUUAGGUUAUAUUAUUAUAUUCUGGCUUUAGGAUUAUACGAAAUAUAUUAUUAAAUAAUGUAGGUAAAUAAUUAUUAUGAAGUGCUACACAUUUUUUUUUUUUUUUUGAAAGAGAGAGAGAAACACUUACAACAUACACAACCAAACAAUUAUUUUGAUUUAUUAUUAUCUCUUUGGGAUAAUAAAAAAAUUAUAUAAUAGAAAUAAAUAAAGAAAUAGGUGCUGGAUGAAAGGGUUAGAUUUUGUUUUAAAUAGCGUGGUGGUACUGUAGUAAUGGAUUCGUAAAAAUUCGUUCCCGUUCCGAGUUCCUCAUUUAUAAAAAGAACUCAUUCCAGUGGCAGUUAUACAUGAUGAUCAAGGGGGGGGGGCGAAAUUAAAGCCAACCCUCCUUCACCCAAUCACAUUUUAUACAUAUAGAAUGUACACAUAAUAUUUUAAAAUAUACAUACGGGUUAUGUGUAUAAUAAUGUUUAUAUAAUAAUAACACACUUUAGUAUUAAUAUAUAUUAAAAGAAAGAUAUACAUGAGCUAUAUAUACAUAAAAUAACUUGUCCUGAUUGAUUCAUCAUCGCCUAGCCCAAACUACUGUAGAGAUCGGGCUAAAAUUUGGCAUACAGAUAGCUAUUAUGACGUAGGCAUCCACUAAAAAAGGAUUUUUGAAAAUUCAACCCCUAAGGAGAUAAAAUAGGGGUUUUUAAAUAUAUUUGGUACGAAUAACUAAUUGCUUAUUUAUUUAUUUAUUUUUGUUUGUUCAAGAGUUACCUCGAUGAUACGGAUGAUAAUUUGGUUGUCACGGAUUAGAAAACUAUUAUAAUUAUAAUUAUUACUAUCAAUUACACUAUUAAAAUUCUACAAUAGAAUACUUUUAGUCCACCAAAGGUGGACACCCACUUUCCAUCUAAAUGUUUUCAUUCAAUUCUAACACGGUCAAAAUCAAAAAUGAAUAUGACUAAAAAAAAUAAUACAAAUUCCCCUGUCACGGGAUAGCUAGUGUACUAUAAAUGUAUUGAUUUAUAAUUUAUAAUUUAUAAUCUUAUAAUAAUUAUAAUAAAAGCAUAUAUGCCUUUUUUUUUUAAAAAUAUUAUCUACAUUAAUAUUUAAGUCCCUAUAGAUAUGACGCUGUGGUAGCCUAUUUAAUCGAUCUUCGCUAGUUGUUUACCUAAAUAAUGUAAAUAAAUAAAGUAAAUCAUAUGCAUAGUAGCAAAAUGUAGCAUUGAAACAUUAACCAUCAUGAUAGCAGUUUUUACCAUUUGAUAACAAUAUUGUGAAUCGCUGUAUCGCCACGGCCAACGAAAGUAGAUAAACGAUAAACUAUAUUGUUUACCUAGCUCCGCGUGUAUCCACUGAUUUCAAUACCAAGUUAAUAUAGAAGUCUGUGUGCAUAUUGCAUAUUCUAAUCACAGUCCAUAGACAACAGAAAAAAACCAUAAUCCACAAAUAUAUAGAAUACAUUUUUCUACAUAAUAUCUGUGCCACAGACUAAUAUAAUAUAUUAUUCGUGAUAAAACGUAAAAUAUGAUCAAGGAAAUUCUAAAUAUUUUGCUAUCAUAUCAUGGAGUUCGAAAAUGUAUAGAUAGAUGUUGUUGGGUCAGCGAUAAACUAAACUUAAAAAAUUAAAUCUCAAGGGAGGAUCCACCUAUAGCCUCCCCUUAUAACCGCCACUGAUUCAUUCCCGUAACUCGUUCUUUAAAAAAAAGGAAUUCGUUCCUUUAAGCUAGUGAAUUUUUCAAACGCAUAAAAUAAAUAAUAUAAACACGUAAAUAUACGUUGAUACGGCCAAUGUCUCCCAAUGUCUCCCCGACCAUGACUCACUGAUCCCUCGGCUAUGGCUAUAUCACUGAUUAUUAUUAUGUUAUACUUGUACCUAUUUAUGUAUGUAUGUAUGUAUGUAUGCAUGUACGUAUAUAUAUGUAUGUAUAUUAAUAUAUCUUUAUUUGUAAAUUUUAUUUACAUAAUAUACAAGUUGUUUUUUACGAUUGUUUUUUUCUCCGUAGUAUCAUCCGAUUUAUUUGUCCAAUUGGUCACAGACCGAAUUGGGUUUACAACUAUUUAAUGUGUGUGUGUUAGCAGUGGCAUAAUUGGGAUUUUUUAAAAGAGGAUUUCACAUGUCCACAUUAAAAAAAAACACGCUUUAACACAAUUCAAUACAUUUAUAUAACUUAAACACAGACGAAGGGGAGGUUCAGAUCCAGACACCUCUAUGGUUGCACUACUACGUGUACGUGUACUUACAAGGCAUAUAAUAUUAUAUAAUAUAAUAAUAUUGCAAUUAUCUAUCCUAGGGGUUCCCAACCUUUUCAUCAUUGAGUACCACCUUAAUUCUAAAACUAAAUUAGGAGUCAAAUUUUUUUUAACAUAUAUUAGUAUUAUUCAUUCAUUAAUUAACAUUAUUUUAUUUUAUUUUAACAUUAUUAUUUUAUAUUUAUUAUUGAUUCUUUGUCUGCCACGUCUUUUUGGAUUUAUUUGGCAGAAGAUUCGUACAAAAAUGAGUUUUUAAUCCAAUUUUUCUUUGAAUAGUCUUCAGAAAAAUAUUUAGAAAAAUUUGUCUUCAAUGCUUCCAAGUGUUCCAAGAUGUCAGCAUUUAAAUCUUCCUUCAGAGAGAGUUCAUUUUCAUCAAUAAAUGAGGAAAGAGUAGGAAAUGCAGAAAUGUCUUUUUUUUGUUUGAAAAACGUAGAAUAACUGGGAAACCAAUACAUUAAACAAAUAUUAUCAAAGAAAAUAUAUAAAGCUUUUUUAAUUAUUUUACUAUAAAAUGACAUAUAUAUUGUUGACAAAGCAUCUCAAUUACUGAACUCCGCUUAGAAUCGUUGUUUUUGUAAGCAACAAUAAACUGUUGCUUACAGGUAUACAUUGAAUUAUCUAUACCAGUGGCUGCAUCCGUCCCCAUUAUCCUAGGACGUCUUUUUAUAUCUUGAAUCGCUAGCCGGUAGCUGUAUAUGCCGUGUGGUAAAUUUAAACGUUAUAAAUUCCAUGACAUUUAAUACUUAUAAAUUGAAUUUAUUGUGAUUAUUAUUUAUAUUAAAUCUAAAAAGAAAUAUUAUAUUCAAACCGUUAUCAUCGUAAUCGAAAUGCAAUAUUGUACACGUCAUCAGAUUACAAUGUUGGGGCGGUAAAAUAUUGGAAUAUAAUAUAUUCAGACAAAACACUAGGUAGGUUAUGUUAGGCAUAGAAUAAUAAUAAUAAUAUAUAAUAUGUUAUUAAAUAAGAUGAUAGAAUAGAUACCUACCUACUCAAACACUCAUUGCUUUUACAUUACUGGUAUUGUUUUGAAACAUGAUUUUAUAUUUCAGAUUUAUUAUUGAUUGUCAACCAAUAAUUUUUUGGAUUUUGUGAAAUUUAUUAGUUAUGAAACUUUAUGUAACAUAUAUUCUGUUUCAGUUUUAUUGAAUAUGUUUCCACCCUUAGGCAAUGACCUAAUCUGCUUGUGCCCUUGCGACGAACCUGAGAAUAAAUUAUGACUAAUCUUAUAUCAAAUCGGUGAGCAAUAUUAGUAUGUUUUUAUAUGAUUUACAUUCCUUAAAAAAAAUUUAAAUGAUUUAAAAUAUUUAAAAAUAAAUAAAUAUUUCGUAAAUUAUACAAUGGCUAAAAAAUGCUGACAUUAUAAAUAGGUACCUAUAUAAUGUUAUUGCCUAUAUAAAUCUAUACCUACGAUUAUUUUGCACUGAAUCACAAUAAAACCGGCAUUGCAUAAAUAUUACCGUUUUUACAUUAUUGAUUUUUUACUGAGAUAGGAAUUGUAUAGGAAAAUAUUGAAAACUAUUAAAAUAUGGUAUUGAGUGAAUACAGCACAAUAAACAAGUAUAUUUUCACAUUUGAACAAACAAAAUGUGAUGUUGUAAAAGUCUGUACAUUUCUCGUAUCCUUUAAUUCAAUUUUUCAAUUUAUUUAAAGAAGUUAGUACGGACAUUUUAAAUUAACUACCUCUGUUAUUACAAAAAAUGACAUUGUUAAAUAGUUAUAGUACGAAAUUUACAAUACUUUACAUUAUGGUGAUGGUUAAUAAUUUGUCACAGGUUAACGCAGGUACCUAUACAUUUAUUCAUAUUGUAAUUUAUCUACACAAAUACAUUUGAAAUAACAAUAUUACUUAUGUUCUAUGUAACAUUGUAUAACAUACUUUUUUUUAAAAAAAAAGUGCUGAUACAAAGGAAGGAUGUACCACUGAUAUAUGCAGUAGGAUACGUUAUUUAUUUAAUUUAUUAUCUAUAUACACUAUGCAAUGAUUAAUCAUUGCUAACAUAAAUUACUUUGAGCUAGGUUUAGUUAUAUAUGUUUCGAAAUUUUGUAAUUGUUACUAACUUGGUAAGUUUAGGUUGACUUGAUUUAAAAGGCCUAAAAUACUAAUAAAGCGGAUAAAUAUGAUUAAUACAUCAUUUAUAGGUCAACUUUGAAAAUUAAAUUAAACCUAUAAUGAACCUAGUCUUACAUUUUCAAGAAUUUCUGUUUAGCCAAACAAUAUUAUCCUCUUUGAACCAAAUAAAAACAGAAAAAACCUUGACAAUUUCAAAUGUUUAUUAAAAACUAAAAUAUUUCCAGAAUAUUAUGAAAAUUUGACUGUGUCUAGAAAAGUCUUUUAUAAGUAUUCUAUGAAUGUGCAAGUCUCUACGAUUAUUUUAAAAAGAGCUAAUACUGGGAACGGGUGUAGCCAGUGGCCACUGCUAAAACUAGGUAGUGGGGAAGAUGGGAUACAUAGUUAUUUAAUUUAUACCUGUAAUCAACCAUUAAUAACGAAAAAAAGAUUCGGAGCGAAGUUCAGUUAGACAUGUUUUAAAAGGUCGUAAUUUUUACGAUUUUCGUCAAAAUUUUAUUUUAAAACUUGAAAAAAAUAAUAAUAAUGAACCUGCUAUCAAAUAGUUUGGUGUUUAUGUUAAGUCUAACAAUUUAUCAACAAAGCACCUACAAAUAAAAAUUACCUACAAAAUCCGCAAAAUUAACAUGUCUAUUAUUAUUAAAUUCUAAGUGGACGAAGAAACUUAUAGUUUGACAAAGAUGUUAUACUUUAAAUAUCUAAAAACGACUUACUCUGUCAGUGGCAAAAUAUCAAAAGGAACAAAAUCGAAUCACUUGUCAUUAAUAGAUUGGAGCAAUAUUUCUGGCAGAAAAUAUAGUAUUAAUAUAAUAAUCAAAAAAUAACGUCAAUGCCCCAACUAAAAAAGAAAAAUACUUUUCCAAAAUGGUGCUAUAGUUUACAUUUCAGAGCAAGUUUUUUGGUAGAAAAGUUGUUCACAGACAGCAAAAAUACAAACAAAAAAAAACAAAAACACAUAUAGUAAAACUAAUGGAUUCUUCGCUACGCUCCGAAUCUAAUAACAAAAUUCAUAAAUAAUGAAACCUACAAUGCUGGAAAACUUUCCAACGUUUUUUUCCGAUUUUUCUCAACUAAUAGGAUAAGUUCACUGAAACAUAAAAAACCGAGUUUCAUACAUACUAUAAAGACAACAAAAUCGAUAAUUAGAAAAUGAUGUCAUAAUUGAAUUUCGGUGCAAGAAUUUAGGUAAAAAAAACAAAAAAAAAUACAUUUCUCAAUACAUUAACUAGAUCCAGAUCGCAACCUACAAAUUAUUUGGUCAUAUUUUGAUUGGAGCAUGAUUUCUUACAAACAAAUUGCUCACAGACAAUAAAAAAUAAAUUUUAAAAAAAAAAACUUAUAAUAAAACCAACAUUUUGUUAAUAUGUAGAUUAUAAAUCAAAUGGAGAUCUAACUCACUUGAGUAAGUAAAAUAUUAUUCAAGCACCUACCCAUAAUCAUUAUAAAGCACACAUGUAGAUUAUUUUCAUCUGAAUAAUUCAAAAACCCUAUAGAUUUAAAACAAAUUCCAUUUUAAUUUAACCUUAAAAUAAAUAUUCAAUGAUCAUACCUUUUUAUUAUUUUAAAUUUUAGAUUUAAAAUACUUAGUAAAUGUCAGUGUGACUUUAAUAAAUCAAUAUUUAUAUUACCAUGAUACUGCUCUAUUCAGUAAUGAAAUGAUUAAUUAAUUAUUAAUUUAGUUAUUAAUUAUUAAAUUAAAUCAGUUAUUAAUUUUUUUUACUUCAUUAAAUACAUUUUUUAUGUUUUACAUGCUUAACAAUGAAAAUAAUUACGGUUUUUUUUUGAAAUUGUAUCCAUUGUUCUCUUAGAAAUUUUCAAGGUAGUUUUUUCAAUAAACCUAUAUUUAUAAAAAAAUUGCAAUUAAAUCAAAUAAUUAUAUAUUUUUAGGCUGUUUAAAAAAUGAAAAUUCUAUAUAUUAUGUUUUCAAUUUUUACAUUUUUUAUCACAGCAUCUUAUGAACUUACCAAUAACACAAAAUUCGAAAUUAAAUAUUUAACCACUGAAGGCUUGGCUCAACCUAUUCGAUUUUUAUUAAACCUCAUGGGCCGUCGUUUCAAAGAUGUACGUAUCACUAAUGCUACGUGGAAAUCUGGUGCGAAAAAAGGUAAGUUCUUAUUACUUCUUAUUACUAAAAUAGAUAGAUAGGUCAUCAAAUAUACUAAUAUAGUAUAUGUGAUAUUUGUGAUAUAUAUAUAUAUAUGCGACGCGAACGGUUUUUGUUAUCGCGUUUGGGUAAUCGUUCAACCUAACCGGUCGACUAUCGUUGUAGUUAGCUGACCAGUGUUCGUUCUGUGGCUGUAGCGCGAACUACCUUCUAUGUCAGAAUGUAUAAUUUUUCCAUAUAAGAUUUAGUGUUAAUUUGUAUUUUGAUCUGAUGUGAUUUAUAUUAAAAUAAAUCUACAAAUCUUACAGUAUAAUUAUAUAAUAAUCGUAAUAAUAGUAAUAGUUUAUUAUUUCACAAAAUAUCAUACAAAGUUUUUAAAUCAAUUAUAAAUAUAAAAUAAUUUGUUUCCAAAAGCAAAGCUUGAGAAAGAAACAAGAGUUCUAAAAUUAUCUAAUAUAUGCAGAGCUUAAAAAAUGAAACAAAAAUAAUAUACUAAUAUUAAAAGGUUUAUUUAGUAUAACAUAAGUAAAUAAUAGGAUAACACUGUAAAACAUCAAGUAUACAAUGUAUACUGCUGUACCUAUACAUACUUAUAUGUAAUCAAUACAUUAUUGUAAUAUUUAACAUUAAUUGAAUGGUAUACUAAUAGUAACCAAAAAUGUAUAUAGGUAUAUGUAGAAGGUUUAUAUAAAUAUCUUUAUUUAAUUUCCCUUUUGUUUCAGAAAUGCCAUUUGGACAUGUUCCAGUGUUGAUACUUGACGACACAAUAAGAUUAACCCAAUCAACAGCUAUUUGUCGUUUUUUAGCUACGUUUGUUCAUGAUCAAUUAAAUGAAGUCAAUGAUUGGGAAGCUUAUUUGAUUGAUAGUAAUGUUGAAAACAUGCAAGAUUUACGGCGAGGUACAUGGAGAUUUUUAAAUAUUUUGAUAUAUUUUGUACCCAUACCUAAAUACUGUGUUAUGAUAUUAUUAAACAUUUAUAUUUUUUCAGAACUAAUAAAGCACAUACAUGAAAUUAAUGACGAUAAAAGAAACAAGUUAAAAGCAAAGUUUGAAAACAUAACGCUUCCAAUUUUUUUGCGCAAAUUUGAAAACAUAGUUACUUAUAAUCAUCAACAUUUUGUUCGUGGAAAGGUAAUUAUUAAUUACUAUUAAUUAUGUGUAAUUUAUAUAUAGAUAUUCAGAUAAAUUGUAAUCCAUAUAAUAUUUGCUAGAGGUAAUGUACGAAUUUUAUAAGGCUAAAAAUCAUUUUGAUGUUAGGACAUUAAAUACUUACCUACAAAACCUUAGUAAUAAAACUGCAUCUAAUUUCAUUCUUUUUUUUAUCCUUUGCGUUCAUCCCAACUAUUUUGGGUCAGACACCCUCGGUCAAUUUAAAUAAUAGGCUAUGUUUAAUAGUUAUAUUUAGCAACCUUAUUUAUAAAACCUUGCUGUUUCAAUAUUUAUAUCACAGAUCUGUAUUUUUUUCGAAAUUCGGUGUUUUAUCUUUUUGCUAUAGGUAGGUUAUUUUUGUUAUAAUUGGUUUCUAUGCAACUGGAUAAAAAUAUAUUAUAUUAUACAUAUUUUAUUUAGUGUCUUCUCUCAUAAUUAGCCCAAAUUGUCUUAAUAACUUACUAUUUUUAAUAUACUCUUCUAAUUUUUUUUUAUAUAUUAUCGUUUUGAAAUUUGAAAAAUAAUUAUAUAACAUAAAUGUUAUUCUAUUAAACGUAUUUGUUUCACUCAAAUACUUUAACCUGUUUAGUUAAUUUCUAUUUUACUUUUAUACCUUUUAACAUUCAAUUAUUAUUACAAUUGUAGUGAUAUUUACUUGAUUCUACUUGACAUGUACAUAUUUGUAUAAAUCGAAAACAAAACGAGGUUGUUAGUUAUUUUAUUUAAAUAAUUUAAAUACAGUUUUUAAAUUGUUUUUGAAAUCAAAAAUCAAAAUUAUAAAAUAAUCUUUAAAAUUGACGAGGUAACUUAUUCUUCAAAAUAUGUUUAUACCUUAAAUAUUAAUAUUAGAUUAUUUUAUUUCAGUUAACAUGGGCUGAUAUAUUCUUUGCCAGUAUAGCUAACUCUAUUGGCAAAUUAAUAAACAAUACGAGUUAUCUAGAUAAAUAUCAUAAUUUAAAAAAACUAACAGAAAAAGUACUCAGUAUAGAGGCCAUUCAGAGCUGGCUUGAAAAUCCUGAAUAUAUAGUAGUUUAA